AUAAGUUAUAAAACAAAUUUCUUGUGGCCUUUUUGUUGGUACUUACUCACGAAUUAACAUCUGAAAAAUAUUAACGAUGCCUGCCGCUGGUUCUACAUCGGUCGGAGCUGCGGGACGUUCACCUAGCAAAGCUAUAGCACCUAGAACAGGUGGCGGUGGUACUGUUAGACAAAGAAAAACUACAACAACUAGUUUAACUAGGAGUAGAAAUACAGGAGCUGGUUCUGAUGGCAUGUGGAGGUUUUAUACCGAUGAUUCUCCUGGCAUCAAAGUAGGACCAGUACCUGUGCUUGUUAUGUCUCUUCUUUUUAUUGCAUCUGUCUUUAUGCUUCACAUCUGGGGCAAAUACACUAGAUCCUAAAAUUGGAAAUAGGUAUUAUUUUAAGAAAGAACAUAAGCAAUUGGAAAGAACUGUGCAGUGCAGUUGGAAAAAGAAUAAAAGAAUUUAAGUUAAAAAUGCUCUUCGAGUAUAAGAUCAAUAUGGUCAAGAAAGCUUGCAACAUUUUUAACAUUAUUUCCUGAUAAAUUUAAGAGAAUUAGAGUAUUCCAUAUUAUAAAUUGCAUUUCCAUAUAAUGGAUCUUUGUACUUUUUUUUUUAUUAAAA